UUAGAGUAGUAUUCUGACAUUCCGGUAACAUGCUGACUUGAAAUUAACUUUGAAAUGAGAUAUAAACAAAAAGGUUAGCUGUAAUUAAAAAGAUAACUGUUAUUAUUCCUGCGAAACAAUGGCAGAAGAAUCAUUAGUUUUAAUUAAAUCGACUUUUAUUAUAUCAGGUCUAUUAAAAACAACUGUAAAGACUGGGGUUGUUUAAUCUUAGUGUUAAUUGAUCAGUGAUACUGUGUGCUAAAUUUAUUUACCAAAGAAAUGGAGACAAUUCAGAAGAUGAUCAGCAUUAGCAGGACAUCAGUGCGCUUUCUUGCCCCAUCACUGAAUGCACAGUGGACGAGGAUGCUGAGCCGAAGCUGUUCCAGCUCUUCGUCAGAGAAACAGGCUCCUAACCCCUCCAUGCUGAGGCAUCUGGUGUCCAAAAUUACAGCCACAGGUCCCAUCACGGUGGCUGAGUACAUGCGUGAAGUCCUCACUAACCCAGUCUCGGGAUAUUAUGUAAAGAAUGACAUGCUGGGAGCUGAUGGAGAUUUUAUCACAUCACCAGAAAUAAGCCAGAUUUUUGGAGAGUUGCUUGGUAUCUGGUGUGUAAGCGAGUGGAUGGCUGCAGGAAAACCCAAAACAUUUCAGCUUGUAGAACUCGGACCAGGACGAGGUUCCUUGACCAGUGACAUCCUGAGGGUCUUCGGUCAGUUGCAGUCAGCUCUGUGUGGAGCGUCAGUGUCUGUUCACCUGGUGGAGGUGAGCCCAAAGCUAAGCGAGGUCCAGGCUCACUGUCUGGCAGGAGAAAACACUCAGGUGUGUGUGAGUGACGAAGAGUCUGUGUACCGCAAUGGCACCACACACACUGGCGUUCCUGUCUCAUGGUACCGGAGGAUAGACGACAUUCCAAGAGGCUUCAGUAUAUUCUUGGCUCACGAGUUUUUCGAUGCUCUGCCCAUUCACAAGUUUCAGAAAACGGAGAAGGGUUGGAGAGAGGUGAUGAUUGAUAUCGACCCUGAGAAACCCGAUAAGCUCAGAUUUGUGGUGUUUCCUGCUCCUACUCUCGCAUCUACUACACUCAUACAAGCGGAUGAGCAGCGGCAGCACGUGGAGGUUUGUGCAGAAGCCGGAGUCAUUGUUCAGAAGCUGGCUAAUCGGGUCUCAGAGGACGGGGGUGCAGCACUGAUCGCAGACUACGGUCACAAUGGAACGAAGACGGACACAUUCAGAGGUUUUAGAGGACACAAACUGCAUGACGUGCUGGAGGCUCCGGGCAGCGCAGACCUGACCGCAGACGUUGACUUUAGUUAUCUGAGGAAGAUGGCUGGAGAUGCAGUGGUCUGCUUUGGACCCAUCACACAGAGAUCCUUUCUCAAGAACAUGGGUAUUGACACACGCUUGCAGGUCCUGUUGAGAAGCUGUAAUGACUCCUCCACCCGAGCUCAGCUCGUUCACGGCUACAGCAUGCUGACUGAUCCGGAGAAGAUGGGUCACAGGUUCCAGUUCUUGUCCCUGCUGCGUCCCAGUCGUCUGGCUCAGCCGGAGGAGGAGAAAGGAGUCAUGAUGAAGAGAAGGAGGAAAGGCACGGCACCGCUCCCUGUUGCUGGAUUCACUGAGCUUGGACUAAACUGAGAGCCGAAAAAACCCAUCAAAACCCAUCGCUUCUCCACUGUAAUGCAGAAACUGUCUUACACUGCACACUUCUCUACUAUUCUUGUAUGUUUCUCCUGAGAAAAACGAACAAAAGCAGUACAGUAAGAAGAGUCAGUAAGAAUGAUGGAUUGUAUUUGCUGAGCAAAAGAAGUAUGAAGCACACUUUUUCCCCUAGACUAUCCCAUCAUCCACCGUGGAAGAGAAGUGGAGAAGCAUGUACCAGAUAACUGAGCACCUGACAGGCUAGCGAUGACGGCUGUAGUUUUUCUGCAAUGCCAAUUUUGUUUGUCUCAAAAGUAUAAAUGUAAAUUGUCUGUAUGAAAUAAAAAUACACAGCACCGUGA